AUGUUGGCAAGAGCAGUUUUAACAAUUCUGUACCUUUGGCAUAAACAACAAAUUUCUUCUGUUGCUUCCAAAGUUCCUGUUUCUGUACAGACUUUUUUGGAUAUUGGCUUCUCAAUUCGUCGCUUCAGCAACGGCACGCUUUUUCGUCAACAGCGUCACUAUGAGAAUAAAUUUUGGGAAGUUGUUAGUAAAAUACGAGCAGAGAAAAAUUUGCGUCAGCCUGAUGAUCGGAUUUAUACGCCUGUAUUCAUUUCAAAAAUAAUUGACGAGGAUGCAGCAAAAGAACUAAUGAGUGCCCUCCCGCAGAGAUUUCAAUUGGAGACACCCAAAUUGCUUUUUCGACUUUCUGAACAUGGAACAUCUUUUGUUCAAUUAUGGACUCGAAUUGAGCAGGCAGAUCAAUCUUUAUUAAUAAUAAAAUCAACAACUAGAGAAGUUUUUGGUGCUUAUGUAUCAAGUUCUUGGGCUGAAAGAAACGAUGUGCAUGAAAGAGCUAAGGCUAAAUAUUUUGGAACUGGGGAAUCUUUUGUUUGGCGCUUAGACGAUGAAUUAAAAUUGCCGAUAAUUUAUACUUGGUCUGAUCAACUUUGUGAUAACUAUUUUAUGGCGGCACACGAUAAAUUUUUAAUUAUUGGAAGUGGUGGAGGUGAUGCAAUUGCAAUUCGUGAUGAACUUGUAGAAGGGUCAAGUAGGGCAUCUAGAACCUAUCAGUCACCUGAACUAGUGUCUGGAGGUCAAUUUCAAAUAGAUGAACUAGAAGUUUGGUCAAUUCCAAGCAGUAUAUAG